CACGUUUGAGCUCUGCUUCAUUAUCGGAGACCCCACGACGACCACCAUGUUACCUACCAUCAUGAAGCCUGCGCUGCUGUAUCCGCCACGUCUGGGUGCGCUGGCGACACGCGCUUUCUCCUCGUCGAGUGAACCGCUGGUGCUGGUGGAGAAGAAGGACAAGUACGCGGUCGUGCGGAUGAACCGCCCACCCGUCAACUCGCUCAACACGACUUUGAUCCGAGAGCUGGAUGCGACCAUCAAGAAGCUUGAAGACGAUAAGAGCGUGCGCGGCUUCAUCCUGGCGUCUUCCAACCAGAAGGUAUUCUCCGCUGGUCUGGACAUCAUGGAGAUGUAUCAACCACAGCCAGCGAAGAUCACCAAAUUCUGGACGUCUCUUCAAGAUCUGUACCUCCGUCUGUACACGACGCGCCUUGCUGCAGUCGCUGCCAUCGAAGGUCAUAGUCCAGCUGGAGGUUGUCUGCUGGCCAUGUGCUGUGACUACCGCAUCAUGACGAGUGGCAAGCCCAUGAUCGGCCUAAACGAGACACAGUUGGGCAUUGUAGCCCCCACGUGGUUCCGUGACACGUUUGUCAAUACUAUCGGCCACCGUGAGGCUGAGAAGAUGCUGGGACUCGGACUGCAGGUGGAUGCGACCAAGGCGAAGGCCAUUGGCUUGGUGGACGAGGCUGUGGCCGUGGAGGAAGUAUUCCCGCGUGCCGAGGCUGCGAUGGGCAAGUGGCUCGCUAUUCCAGACGCGGCGCGUAUCAAGACCAAACAACUGAUGCGCCAGGAGACGGCGGACCGACUGAUUUCCAUCCGGGAGAAAGAUCUGGAGGCGUUUACGGACUUUGCGCAGACAGACAAGGUGCAGAAAUCAUUGGGAAUGUAUCUCGCCUCUCUUAAGAAGAAGUAGAGAUGUCGAGCUUGGAAACAAGCAAAGUGAGCUCAACACUUAAAUAAGGAAGUGCUUCAAAUUGUUACUGCUUUCA